CUUCCAUCCUCCAGGUUCCAGGGUCGCAGUCUUGAAUCCGUCUCAGCGAACAUCGUCACCACCGACGUGCCAACUUACAAUCUGUCCCUUGCGCAUCAUACAGACAAGACUCUGUUUGUCAUCCUGCGAUAACCCCAUCCACCUCUGACAGCAGCAAUUCACUUCUGGCUACCAGUUCUAUCCUCCUCUCGACUCCCACUUCGUUCCCCUCACUCAUCUUUCACUCCCACCUAAACCCCCUCCAUCAUGGCCGCCGACCCUCGAGCGUUAUUACAAAAGGCUGACAAGGCCGCUCAAGGAGCCACUGGAGGUUUCAGCCUGUUUGGUGGACGCACUGAGAAAUGGGAGAAUGCUGCAGAUCUGUACAACCAAGCUGGUAAUGCGUUUCGAAUGCAGAAACAAAACUAUGAAGCCGGACAAGCCUUUGAAAAGGCGGCCAAUAUCCAACAAACCAAAUUGAACGAACCUGACGACAUGGCCAACACUCUCACCGAAGCCUUCAAAGUGUAUCGAAAAGACUCUCCCAACGACGCCGCUCGUGUCCUCACCACCGCCAUCCAUCAUUACACGACAAAAGGCAAUUUCCGACGAGCAGCCACACAUCAACAAAACCUAGCUGAAGUCUACGAGAUGGAGAUCGGAGACCAGAAGAAAGCUCUAGCCGCAUACGAGACAGCGGCAGGGUGGUUCGAGAGCGACAACGCCGAAGCCCUCGCCAAUAAACUAUUCCUCAAGGUCGCCGACCUAGCCGCCCUGGAAGGCGAUUAUGCUACGGCAAUCGACAAAUUGGAAUCAGUUGCCAAAUCCAGUCUGAAUAGUAACCUCAUGCGAUGGAGCGUGAAAGACUAUUUCCUCAAAGCUGGUAUCUGCCAUCUAGCAGCUGGCGACAAUAUUGCCACCCGCCGCGCGUUGGACCAGUAUCGGGAAUUGGAUAAUUCAUUUGCCAGCACAAGAGAAAACAUGCUGUUGACGGACUUGGUCCAAGCUGUGGAAGAAGGUGAUCAGGAAGGUUUCUCGGAUAAAUUGUUCCAGUUUGAUUCGCUCAGCAAACUCGAUAAGUGGAAGACGACUCUGUUGUUGAGAGUUAAGAAUAAGAUUGAGUCACAAGAGGAGGAUUUCUCAUAAGGGUAGAUGGUUGAGCUAUCCCAUUCUAUUCACUCCGACGGCCAGGCCAACAGUCUGCGUCAGUAGUUAAAGAGAGAGAGGGAGAGAGAGAAGAAUGACGAUGGUGGAGCCUGGGGUUACUGGCGUUAUAUGAUCCAUUGGGUAGACUUCCUACUAGCCAUGAUGAUAUCCUGAUAUCAAGUCAAGGGUAACAACAAAGAACAACAUUCGAAGUCGAGUACAUGUGAACGAGCUCGAGAGCAUCACGAGGCAGCCUUAUAUCACCGAGCCGACAGAAUAAGGACAAGAGACAAGUGGAAGGGGGAAGAUAUGGAUCUUUCCUCCAAAUCAAUCUCCAUGUGAUAUUCCAGUCAGUCAAUCAUUCCGCUGGCCAGCUUGGAUGAAUCAUUGAUCAAAUGAAUGCAAGCAUAUUCAUACCCAUAGUCAUACUCAAUCUAAACAUCC